AUGGAGAACUACCAGAAGAUCGAGAAGAUUGGAGAAGGAACCUAUGGCGUUGUCUACAAGGCUCGCGAGCUCACCCAUCCCAAUCGGAUUGUCGCCCUCAAGAAGAUUCGACUAGAGGCGGAGGAUGAAGGCGUUCCUAGCACAGCCAUCCGUGAAAUUUCCCUACUCAAGGAGAUGAGCGAUCCCAACAUUGUGCGACUCCUGAACAUUGUGCAUGCCGAUGGCCACAAGCUAUAUCUCGUCUUCGAAUUCCUCGAUCUCGACCUCAAGAAGUAUAUGGAGGCUCUUCCUGUCAGCGAAGGUGGCCGAGGCAAAGCUCUUCCGGAAGGCUCUGCUUUGAGCAAGAACAUGGGUCUUGGCGAUGCCAUGGUCAAGAAGUUCAUGGCUCAGCUAGUGGAGGGUAUUCGUUACUGCCACAGCCACCGUAUUCUACACCGUGAUCUCAAGCCCCAGAACCUCCUGAUUGACCGUGAUGGCAAUCUUAAGCUGGCGGACUUUGGAUUGGCUAGAGCUUUUGGUGUUCCCCUGAGAACCUACACUCAUGAGGUUGUCACCCUUUGGUACCGCUCCCCUGAGAUUCUCUUGGGUGGUCGUCAGUACUCGACCGGCGUAGACAUGUGGUCCUGUGGUGCCAUUUUCGCGGAGAUGUGCACUCGCAAGCCUUUGUUCCCUGGUGAUUCGGAGAUCGACGAGAUCUUCAAGAUCUUCCGUCUCCUCGGUACCCCAGAUGAAACCAUCUGGCCCGGCGUCACCUCUUUCCCCGACUACAAACCCACUUUCCCUAAGUGGAAACGUGAUGAAACCCGUGCACUCGUUCCUGACCUUGAAGAGGAUGGUCUGGACCUCCUCGAUGCUCUUCUCGAGUAUGAUCCUGCACGACGAAUUUCUGCCAAGCAGGCCUGCAUGCAUCCCUACUUCCGGAACGGCAGUGCCUACUACUCAGGACGUGCCCGGAGGAAUGGCUUCAACUAG